UGGGUCGGUAGUACUUGCGAUGUAUUGAAAUCUAAUGGUAAAUUGCGCAACGUAAGUACUAUCGGGCGAAUAGCUGCAUAUUUCAAUGUAUUUCGAAAUUCCUUCAUUCGAAUUCUGAUUAAAUACUAAAGUACUAACACUUUACAUCGUCAAUAAUACUUUAACGGGUAAAUAGAAAAGAUAUAGUUCAAUUCAAAAGUAAUUUCUUUACAUCCCAAAUUUAUAUACUAAUUAUCGGAUAUAUCAAUUAUAUUUAUUAUUCUUUAUGCUUUUACAAUAAAAUACAUACCGUUAUAAUAUCGCUGCAAGACACACGCAAGAGACUGAAAAUUGUGAUUUCAGUCAGCUAAACUACUUACUCUAUCUUACACGAAACCAAUAGAUAUUCACGCUCGGGAGGUGUAUAUCAACAUAAACUUAUACACCGAUAUGAUAAAAGUAUGACGAGGAACAAUAUUUCUCGUUUGCUUUUGUAGUUCAUAUUUUAUCUAUACCUGGCGCUGAAGUUACACACUAUUCGAGCGAAAGAUGGUGAACGAACAGCCUUAAUAAUAGGAACAGUAUGAAGUUCAUCGAAUUAAAAAAAGAGAGCGAAUAAUAUAAGUGCUGGCAUCUAGCGACCAUCGCUGUAAUUAAACUGGCAUAGGAGAACUCGAUCGCAUGAGAAGAAACUAUGUUAUAUAUGGCCGCCAAUGUAUCAUACCUGACAGUUUCCACGAUUUUUGUUUAUUAAUUCUGUUUAUUGAUAUAUGUCAUGUUUCAAAAAUUAUAAUAUAUUAUAAUCCUAUUGUAAAUAAAGUUUUGAUAUAUAAAUCUCAGAUUAUUCACUUAAAGUUAAAUUGUUUAAAAAUUGAAGUGCGUUUGAACAGUUGUAAAGUGUCAUUUUACAAUAACGUAAUGUCACGUACAGGAACAAAACUUGAAGCUAAGAAAGUUAACUCUGAAUUAUUCACAUUAACUUAUGGAGCUCUCGUUGCCCAAUUACUAAAAGAUUACGAGAAUGUAGAAGAAGUUAAUAAACAAUUAGAUAGAAUGGGAUAUAAUAUGGGAAUUCGCUUGAUAGAAGAUUUUCUAGCACGUACUGGAUCUGGGCGAUGCUACGAUUUCAGAGAUACAGCUGAAAAAAUUCAAACCGGAUUUAAAAUGUAUCUUGGAAUAACCCCAACGAUUACAAAUUGGAGUGCUGCUGGAGAUGAAUUUUCUUUAUAUUUUGAAACAAAUCCAUUAACUGAGUUCGUAGAAUUACCAGAUCAUUGUUUAAAUCUAAAAUAUUGUAAUAUAUUGACAGGGAUAUUAAGAGGUGCGUGUGAAAUGGUACAAAUGGAGGUUGCAUGUUGGUUUGUUCAAGAUCAAUUGAAAAAUGAUAAUAUAACUGAAUUACGUGUUAAAUUCAUUAAAAGGUUAGAGGAUGCAAUACCUGCUGGUGAAGACUAAAUCCGUAUUAGCAUUAUUAUAAUAUUAUUAUAAAUAAACUUUAUAUCAAAAUA